CGGCACAGCCCUUCCUUCGCCCUGACACCGGCUCAAAACGGCACAAAAAUCUCACGCAAAGCGGCCCGCAUCUUCCUGAAAGCGCUAGGAAUUUCGUCGUAUUUGUUUAUAUGAGUUUUGUAACUGUGUAUUUGGUGCGUGCGACGUUCCGACAGUUUACGAGUGGACGUACCCUACAAAAACGGCUCCGGUGCGGGGAUAUUUUUUUUCCUUAAAACCUCUGGGUCACUACGGGCUGCAGGACCCGCCGCUUGAACAAGAGACGGCGACUUGAAGAGACGGACAGGAUGAACCGGAAGGCUGUGCCCAAAAGGAUGGGGGACUCCUUCCGCGCGCGCGACAUCAGCCUCAAGGCGCAGAAGAAGUUGCUGAGCAAGAUGUCCAACAAGACCAUGGCCAAGAACUUCAUCGACGACACCCUCGCCUCCAUCCUCGACAACAUGUACAGCCUGGCGAAGGCCUAUACUGGUAACAAGAAAGAGGCGGAGAAGCUGGUGAAGAACAUAAUUAAGAUCGUCGUCAAGAUCAACAUUCUCUACCGGAAUGACCAGUUCUCCCAAGAAGACCUCAAAGUGGCCAACCAGCUUCGAAACAAGUUCACAACGAUUGUCAAGACGGUCAUCAGCUUUUUUGAAGUUGACUUCACCUUCGACAAGGCCUUUCUUACCAAGAAUAUCAAUGAUUGCCGUGGCCUCCUAAAGCAACUUGUAGGGAACCACCUGACAGACAAGUCUCUCGGGAGGAUAGACCAUGUUCUCGACUUCUUCACCGAGGCUGCCUUUCUGGAGGAGAUGUUUAGACCAGAGUCACCCCACCGUCCAACACUUCAGACAAUUAUAGACGACAUGAGCAAAGCUUUUGAUGAAGGCGGGAUCUGAAGUGUAAAAUUUGUGUCGGUGCACAGUGUCUAAUCCGAUAUUUUUGAGUCACAUGAUUGGGAUUUUUGUGCUUGGGUACUAAUACUUAUAAUUUAGUAUUGGUAUUUACAAUGGAUGAAAUAGUGAAGAGUUAGGAGGAAUUGUUUUGCAAAUGAAUUGAACUACCCAUGUAUCAUAAUUUUGUAGUUAAUAUAACAUUAUCAUAAGUCCCAUAAAUACAUAUGGUUAGGCAUAAGGAGUUGCUAAAUACUGUGGCAUUAUAUGAAGUAUUUUGUAUACAGUCAUUACUGGGACCUUCUUUAACAAAACCCAUUUUAUUGGAAGAUAUUUUUUAUAAUGUUCAUCUCAUAAUCUUCUGUAAGGUACAUGGACAAUUAGUAAUGCAUCUCUCCAUAUUAAAAAAUACUUUUCCUGCAAUCAGAGCAAUUACUUUAAAUAUUACACCAAACAUUAGUCACAGCACUUCUUUGCAAUAUUCUGUUUGCAAAGACAAAACAAAUUUGCUCAAAAUUUGCCGAAGAUAUUUUUUGUAGAGUUUAGUCAAGACCUUCUAGUGACCUUACUCGAUCACAACCCGUGAAUGGGUUGACUUGCAAACUAUUCAAUCUGGCCCCUGUACUAAAAGUGAGCAGCUUUGCCCUUGCUUGGGAUGGUGGGAGGGGAUAGUUUGUUAAAAAAAAAAAAGUUACAAAUUAUUUUUUUAAAUUCUUUAAUAGUUGCCAAAUAAAGAAUGUUGUUUAAAGAGGAAGUGGCAAAAACCAUGAUUUUUAAAUAGACUAGAUACAAAAUACCUAUGCAUUUUCUUGCAUUGCAUUGCACUUUUUGAAACAAGAGUGCAUUUAAUGUUCAUCAUGGAAUAAACUUUAGAUAACUCUGCAGCUGGGUCCAGUCCUGGCAACUUCUCCCUACAUUCUCCUUCCUCUUGGAAAUAGCUACUUGCUCAAUGCUUCACCCCCUUGUCACCAAGCACUGUUGUUCUCAUUAAGAAUGUCUUGCCGAGCUGAAGUAAAACAAAAGCAGUAAUGUUUAUGCUCAUUGUAGCAAAAAAUGCCCUUGCGUGAAGUGAGAACCAUCAAUUUAUCACAGGGCAUGAAAAUCUUGCAGUCAGUAUUAUGUAGAUAACUGGUACUGUACUGUGUGCCAAAAUAAACACAAUACUUAAAUAGAAAAAAAAAAAAACUCGUGUGGAUCCUAUGAAUUUUCUAAGAUUAUGGUAGACCAUAUGUAGAUGCACAUUGAUUUAAAUAUACCACACCGAUAUGUAGGGGUAACAUUUUUAGGAGGUAAAAUCCCUUUUCAUUUAAUUUGAUGUUUAAACAGAUUAAUAAAGCUAUGCAUAGGUGGUUAUUCUGUGGAUUUCUUUAUUUUCAUCAUAAAUCGGAAUAAAUCUUUAAUGGGUCUGCACUGUUCCUUGUUUAGCCUUCAUAGGUCUCGUGAAACCUUAACAGUAACAGCCCUGUCACCAGAAGUUUCGUUUGACUACUGUAUUACAAUACAUCAUGCACAUGUUUGAUAUUUUCUUGUUAGUUAUUAUAAUUUUUGGUGCACAACUUUAACAAAACAAAUGCUUUAAAAUUUACCUGAGCAUUUUCAUUAUCAUUAUUCAAUUGUUCAGUGCUGGGUCACUAUAUUUUCUUUAUGCAUAUUUACAGAAACUACUUGCAUUACUUUUUAUUUACAAUUUUUGUUUAUGCAAAAUUGUUUAUCGGAUACAUGCCAGGUGUAUAGCCUUGUACAGUAUAUAAUGACCGAUUGAAUCGCAUUAUUCUCUUCUGGCAGUAAAUCUUGACAGUAAAGAGUAAUUUCUUCUAUUUAUUGGUGUAAUUUCUUCACUUGUGAUGUUCAUAUCCGUGCUUCCAAUGUGUCUAUAAAUUUUAUGUAAAUAAGUUAUUUUGGCAAUGUCUAGAAAAGGCCCCAAAGCUAACGUUAUUUGACGUAAUUUGUAUGAAUAGGUAAUAAAUAGCAUUGAGGAGACUGCAGCACGUGCUAAUUCUCAUGUGUUCAUCAUGAUGAUGAAGCAAACCAGAUCAUCACUCCAGACAUAGGAUACUUUAUUUUUAAUAACUAUUAGAUUUAAUAUUUAUAAAAGUUUUUGGCAAUACCCGUUACCAUUUUUUUUUUCUUAAACUAAAUGUUUUAAUCAAGGUUGAAAAAGAGUAACCGGUAUUAGUGGCAUGUGUUUGUAGUUUAAGAAAUCUCUUUAGUACUUAAGAUUUCCAGGUGAGCCUUAUUUAUUGACGUUUUAGUUUUAUAAAUAUACACAUUCCUUGAGAGGCCUUUGCUGUACCAGCAUAUACGGUAAGGUAUGGAAAUUUUAUUUUCAGUUGCAAUUUGUAAUUUUUAUUUUGCAUCUGGUUCAUUCCCAAAGUGUGAAAAUUGUAUAGGAGGAAAUUUUAGAAAAGGGUUUAAAUCUAUUUAGAGGAUUAUAAUAGGCAUUUAAUGGAAAAUAUACUUUACUGAAAGCAUAAAUAAAUAUAAAAAUAAAGGACUUUUUUUUUUAAAUUGCAUUUAACUUAAAAAGUUGAUUUAAAUUACAGCAUAAGAAUAUUAAUUAUUUGGUGUAUAUAUUUAGCUGCUUUUUCGUAAAGUUGUUAAAUAUUUCAUGGUUUACAUGCAUCUGCUCAUACAAGCCUUAAGUGGCAAGCAUUGAGGGUAGGCAUAUCAUUCUUGAAUCAUCUAAAUAGUAUAUCGGGGUAUAAUUUCCCUCUUAAAGAAAGAGUACAUAUUCAAUCAUUUAAUUAAUACUGAAGUACAGUACAUUAAUGGCAUGUUCUUGCUUUAUUAUUUUUUAUAUCAAACAUUUUAGUGUUAAAUAUGACUGUGAAAUCUGCUCCUCAUUAUCUAGGAUUCUAAGGACUGAUAAAUCCCCAGGAGCAAAAGGUUCAAAUUGGGUCUGAAAGGUAGAAAGACAUUUUAACAUUUAAAAUGAAGUAAUUUUCAAAUCUGGAUUGCCUGUUUUUUUUAGUUCCUAAAGUACAAUUAGUAGAUCAAUGCCUUUAGAAGAAUAUUUUUAUUGUAUAAUGGAACUGUAUGCAAUGUAUACUUAAACAUAUAUACCUGCAUAAUAAAUUAAGUUUUCAGUUA